GCUCCUCCUUCCCUUGGCAUGCUGGGAGUCGUAGUUUUCGGGAGGCGGAAACGGAGCCUCUUGCCACCUCACUCAGAGCCAUGGAAGGCGAGGGAGGAAGAAGGCAGGUGCUUUGCCUCUUCGACGUGGACGGCACCCUCACGGGGCCCAGGCAGAAAGUGACCCCAGAGAUGGCUGCCUUCCUGCAGGCCUUGAGGAAAAGGGUGACGGUCGGAGUGGUCGGGGGCUCCGACUUCGGGAAGAUCCAAGAGCAACUCGGGGAAGACGUUGUCGAAAAAUUUGACUAUGUCUUUCCAGAAAAUGGCCUAGUGGCUUACAAAGAUGGGAAAUUUGUCAGUAAGCAGAGCAUUCAAGGCCAUUUGGGUGAAGAGCUGCUCCAAGACUUGAUCAACUAUUGCCUGAGUUACAUUGCCAAAAUUAAACUGCCCAGGAAAAGGUAUGGGUGCAACACUAGCGUUUCUUCCUUUUAUCUGGGUUGGACAGAAAGGGCCUUUUCGUGCUACACAGUUAUAGUUAUAACACCAUGUUUCUACUUUUACUGCCAUUGUUUGUGUAAAAUGCUCCCAAACUCCCUGCAUGUAAUAAGCUAGCGUGUGAGGGAGACC